GAUAAAGGCGAAUAAUAUCUUUCCUAUCAUUUAAUGGUGCUGUAACGAUUAGCAUCAUUUGGUCACUUUUGAAAUUGAGGAUUUAAAACUAAGGAAGUACACGCUCGUCCUAUCCACUAAACAUGUUUUCAUCAUCAGACGCGCUGAAUCCAUUUGCAGACCCUACUACUACAUUGAAUAAUUCAUCACAACAUUGUCAACAAAUUACUAACAGUACUAAUCAACAUAGUAAUAGUAAUGUUACUGGACUAACUUCCUCGACAUUAACUGAAAACGAUCAUGGUAAUAAGUCUAAAUUAAUUGAUGAAAAAGAUGGUAUAUUGAAUGAUGAAAUGUUCACGGCAAAUUCAAAUGUUAAGUUUGAUGUUGGUGAAAAUUGUGGGUUGCCUUUCCAUUCUCGAUUUCCAAAUAUAACAAAAGGUCGAAAUGGUGAAUUCUUAUCAUAUCAAAAUAUUAAUUCAAUCAAUAGUCAUUCCACUGGAGCAAUAUCGAAAGUUGAACAUUAUGAAGAUUUCGAAACUAUCGAUUGGGUCAAAGAUGUUUCACGUGAUCGAUGUCGUCAUCGAGAACUUCAUUUGAAUAGAAAAACAUGCUGUGGUUCAAUUAAAGCAUGUUGGGAUUCUGCUUCUGGAUGGUUUUGUGUAUUAUGUGUCGGUUUGUUGACAGGUUUCAUUGCUUGCAUCAUUGAUAUUGGUUGUACUUGGCUGUCUGAUUUAAAAGAGGGUGUUUGUCUAGAUGCAUUUUGGUUCAACCGUGAACAGUGUUGUUGGUCAUCAAGUCAAGCGGAUGAUGUCUGUGAUCAAUGGUAUUCAUGGUCUCGUCUUUUUAUGAACAAAGAUCCAACUGGUGAAUAUCCAGAUGCUUACUUUGUUGGUUACAUAUUCUACAUCAUUUAUGCUGUAUUAUUUGCUCUAGUUUGUGUAUUUCUUGUUCGUAUGUUCGCUCCUUACGCUUGUGGUAGCGGUAUUCCUGAAAUCAAAACUAUUCUUGGUGGAUUCAUUAUACGUGGUUACUUAGGGAAAUGGACUCUUCUUAUAAAAUCGAUUGGUAUGAUUCUUGGAGUAAGUGCUGGUUUAAAUCUUGGUAAAGAAGGACCCAUGGUUCAUAUGGCUGCCUGUGUUGGAAAUAUAUUUGCACAUUUCUUUCCCAAAUAUGGUCAAAAUGAAGCUAAAAAACGGGAGAUCCUUUCAGCUUCAGCAGCUGCUGGAGUUGCCGUUGCAUUUGGUGCACCAAUUGGUGGUGUUCUUUUUUCACUAGAAGAAGCUAGUUAUUAUUUUCCAAUGAAAACAAUGUUCCGAUCGUUUUUCUGUGCUAUGGUAUCAGCUAAUGUUUUGCGUAUUUUAAAUCCAUAUGGUAGUGAUAACAUGAUUAUGUUCUAUGUCGAUUAUCAAGCACAAUGGCAUGUGAUGGAAUUAAUUCCAUUCGCUUUACUCGGUUUACUUGGAGGUAUUUUUGGUACAGUAUUCAAUCGAGCGAAUUUGUAUAUCUGUCGUUUGCGUAAAACCACCUGGUUAGGUAAAUAUCCUGUUCGUGAGGUACUUAUUGUUACGCUAAUUACUGCCGUUCUUUCAUUUCCACAUACUUAUCUUCGUAUGAAUACCAGUGAACUGAUUAAACUUUUAGUUAGUCGCUGUUCUCCAGGAUCUGAUUUCUCUCUGUGUGAUUAUCACUAUAAUACAAGCAAUCCAAUGACUAAAGUAUAUCAGAAUUAUCCUGCCGGACCAUCAUUGUCUACAGCAAUGGUAUUGUUGGCAAUCGCAUUGAUUUUAAAACUUAUUCUAACUGUUUUCACAUUUGGUAUCAAAGUACCGACUGGUUUAUUUAUUCCAUCGUUAGCAGCUGGUGCAAUAAUGGGUCGUAUGUUGGGUAUAGCUACUGAACAACUUGUUGUAGCAUAUGCAUCACAUCCAUUUAUUGUUAAAAUGUGUAAAUCAUCUCAACCGUGUAUUAAUCCGGGACUUUAUGCUAUGGUUGGAGCAGCGGCUACUCUUGGUGGUGUGACUAGAAUGACUAUAUCAUUAGUUGUAGUUAUGCUUGAGUUAACUGGCGGUUUAAAUUAUAUAAUUCCAUUAAUGAUUGCAGCUAUGGUUAGUAAAUGGACUGGUGAUCGAUUAACAAAUGGUAGUAUUUACGAAGAGCAUAUACGAUUAAAUGAUUAUCCAUAUCUUGGAUCGUAUGAUGAAUUAGAUAAUACAUUAGUAGCAGCUGAUGUAAUGCAUCCACGUAGAGAUUCUAAUUCCCCUCUAUUUGUUGUUACACAAUAUGAUAUGACAGUUGGUGAUCUAGACCAAUUGGUUAGUAGAUGUGAUGUUAAAGGAUUUCCUGUUGUUGUUUCACAAGAUUCCCCAUACCUAGUUGGAUGGGUUUCAAGAAGAGAGUUACAUUGGGCUUUGGAUCGUGAAAGAAAAUAUGAUUCAAAUAUUGUCGAUGAUUCGCCAGUUCAUUUUGCCACAUUUCAGGAAGUAUAUGCAGAUGAUAAUCAGGAAUUGACACCUGUCAACUUACAAAAUAUUGUUGAUUUGUCUCCUACAACAGUAUCGGAUCAUACACCGAUGGAAACAGUUUUGGAUUUCUUUAAAAAGUUAGGCCUCCGACAAAUCAUUGUUACACGUAAUGGGUGUCCUCUUGGUGUAUUGACUAAAAAAGAUAUACUUCGUCAUGUUCGUCAUCACAAUCCAAAUAAUCGUUAAACAGUAACUUUUAACAUAACAUUGUUAAUAUCCUUCCGGUUAUCUGCCAUGAUUAUUUUUUGUGCUUCUCUAUAUAUAAAACACAUGAGUAUUUGUUCGUUUGUUUAUUUAUUUAUUUGUCUCAUUUAACGGAUAAUUUCCAUUGGUUUUUAUUGCACAUUAUCCCUCCAUAAUCCGUCAUUAUAUAUAUAAUCUGUAAAAUCUUCUUAGCAUGAUUACACAUUCUUUUCAAAAAUUAUCUACGAAUGAUAUAUUCUUAUAUACGUAAUGUAUAAUAAAUGAUCUCUCCUGUUCUAUAAAUUGUUAUCAACUCUUUUAGAAAACACAUUCCAGUUAUACCAUCCGAAAAUUAUGGCUGUUACAUGAAGGUACAUAGGUGGUACUGCUAGAUGACAUGAAUGCUUGCAUAGUUCGAUGUGAAAUUCAUUUGCUGAGUAAUGUUAGAUGACGUGUUGUGACUGAGUCGAUCGGCAGUUUAAGUUUUGCCAUACAUUAUUCAAGAAUAAUAAAAUCUAGCUAAAUCACUAUUUCCCGUGUGAUUAAGCUAGAAAACGUUUCCGAUAUAUUAUUUCCUGGGAUUCUACUUCUUAUUAGUACUUUUAAUAAAACCGCUGACUUUCGUAUAAAUCCAUCGUUUUUC